UGCAACGACCCUUGCUACCUUUUCCACCAUGAAACCUUCUCACCACCUCUCCAACUUCCUUCUCUUCUUCUUCCACCUCAUCUUUACCUUUCUCCAGGUGGGCCACACAUCCAACACUUCUUCCUAUUACUACAACCAAUGCUCGCCGUCCACAUGCGGCAAAUCCAUCCUCCAAUUCCCAUUCGGAAGGAACGCACCGUGUCGUAGCGCCUGCAUAACAACCUCAUGCGAGAACGGGACUGUCUUCAUCAUCGACGAUGAAAACCCAAACAUAAAAUACAAGAUUGUCGAAGACCUAACAGAUGAGGUCUACUCGAAUCGGAUAGUCACGUUCGUCGAUGUAUCCCUCUUCGGGUGCGGCCCAAUCCCUCCCUUCAAUGGAUUGGUGGUGGCCGACGCUGGGUCCGAGUCCCAGAAAUGGUUCUUGGUAGGGGUCUUGCAGUUGUCAGGCUACAGGGCGGGGACCUUCUUCAACUGCACCAAGAAGCCUGAAGAAGAUGUGCUCUCCAAGCUAAGGAAAGCUCCAUGCUUAGAGUGUGUUGAGACUAGCAACUUGUGUUAUUUCUACGAUGGGUACAUGUCUGAGAUACCCAAUUGUAGGCCUUUUAGGGUUUUCAUUCCAGCGAAAGUGUAUAACAACUUCAGUGGGGUUGGGAACCUUAGGAAGGUGCUUCAAGAAGGUUUUAGGACUGACUGGGAUGGGGUUUGUGGGCCAUGCAUGGAAAUGGAUGGUGGGAGAUGUGGGUAUCUUGAUGAGAAGAGGCUAAUUGGUAGUGAGGUUUGCUUUUGCAAGUCCGGGGUCCAUAGACACAACUGCUCUGAUGGGCUUAUAAUUGAGCUUGUUGCUGCGGGUGGUGGGCCAAAGCGGCUAGUGAUGCUGAUUAUAGGAAUCGGGCUCGGAUUGGGAACGAUGCUUGCAUGUGCAACAUAUCCAUAUUACCUUUAUAGGCGUCGGAUGAAGCAAAAAUGGCAACAAGGUGGUCAAGACGAGCAAACGCUACGACACUAUCUAAGCAACAACAACAGCAGCACCCCUGCUUCCAUUGAAACAUUCCUUCACAACUACAGCAGCGGAAUGCUGACGAGAUUCUCCUACAAACAACUGAAGAAAUACAGCCACAACUUCAGUCACAAGCUUGGCCAAGGUGGCUUUGGAUCCGUCUACAAAGCCAACCUCCCUAACGGCCUAAUGGUGGCCGUCAAGCUUCUCGAUGAAACUGAGCAAAGCGAGGCCCAGUUCGUCAAUGAGGUCCAGACCAUCAGUCGAAUCCACCACAACCAUCUAGUCCGAGUUUUGGGUUUUUGUCUCGAUAACUCGAGAAGAGCUAUAGUGUAUGAAUUCAUGGCAAAUGGGUCCUUAGAUAAGUACAUCUACCAAAAUGAUAACGAUGGUUUGCCAGAUAAGUUGAGCUGGUCUCAGCUCCAUGAGAUUGCAGUCGGCACCGCGAGGGGGAUUGCCUACCUCCACGACGAAUGCCGGGUCAGGAUAUUGCACUGCGACAUCAAGCCUCACAAUAUCCUUCUUGACCAGAGGUUCACACCCAAGGUGUCGGACUUCGGCCUCGCACAAGCACUGAAUAGGGAGAUUAGUCAUGCGUCGCUCACCCAUGGGAGAGGGACUCUGGGAUAUGCACCGCCGGAAAUGUGGUUGAUGAACCAUGGUCCGGUGACCUGCAAGUCGGAUGUUUAUAGUUAUGGGAUGGUGAUUUUGGAAAUGGUUGGGAAGAGGAGGAAUUUUGAUGAAGAGGCUAGUAGCGAAAGUGAGGCCUACUUUCCUGAGUGGGCUUACUUGCAUUAUGUGGUGGAGGUUGGUGGUGGAUGGUCCAAACACAACUCAGGCCAAGGAAGAGAAGAUGAUGAGAUCGCGAAGAGGAUGUCGCUGGUGGGCCUUUGGUGCAUACAAUUCGAACCCGAUCUGAGACCAACGAUGCGCAGGGUUAUAGAGAUGUUGGAGGGGAAUGUGGUGAUCAACGCUCCUCCAGUGCCAUUCGAUGUAAGCGUGUCUAGGGUCGUUACUGGUGGGACCCGCAUGAUCCCGAUCAAGGACUGUAUCGUUCACCAUUGAAACCUGGCCAUAUUGUCGCAUUCGAGCCUGUAUUGGGCCGAUAAAGCCAUA